AUGUCGAAUUUCCGCGCAUUGCUAGAAGCCGUAGACCCUGGACGGCUGGCACCCAUGCCCGAGGUCUCUGUUGUCAUUGUGGGAGCAGGUCAGCGUGGUCUAUCCACCCUUGAACGGCUCUGCGCUCUCUACCCAGCGUACAGUGAUGCCCCAAGGCUUCGAGUCCACAUCGUUGACCCAGGGCUGCCCGGGCAAGGCUCCCACAGCGAGACGCAACCAUCUCACCUUCUGACCAACACCUCGACGGCCCAAAUCACUAUUUUUGUCGACUCUUCGGUGCAGGGCGCUGGUCCGACCAGGUCAGGGCCGAGUUAUGCGGAAUGGCUAUGGCUGUCAGGUUAUCGCUGGAAGGACGGCAUCGUGCGUGGUGAUGGCGAUCCCAUCCCUGACGACACGUUUACGUCGCGAGCACUUCUGGGGCACUAUCUGCGAUGGUGCUUCGAUCACAUUCGCGAUAGUGCUCCAGUGGGCAUCACCGUACAAGAGCACUGCACCGAGGCUGUCGGUAUAGAACGCCGAGGCGAAGGCUUCGUGGUCGGUCUGCACGAUGAGGAUCAUGUUUUUGCCGAUUACAUCUUUGUGACAACAGGGCACAUGAGCGGCCGCGUAUCUGUGGCAGACGAGCUAGCCUUAGUCAAUAUCGAGAGACACAAGUCCCACAAUCCGCACAUUGACUUCUUCCCGUCUGCGGCAGCCUUUUCGAGACUAGACACGAUUGAGCCUGAAGCCAAGGUGCUGAUCUGUGGGACGGGUCUGUCCGCAGCUGAUGCCGUGUCGAUGCUGACGGCAGGGAGAGGUGGUCGCUUUGAAGCUUCGGGCCACCAGCGCUUUCGCUAUGUCCCGAGUGGGCGGGAACCUAAGGUUACCUUAUACUCUCGGCAGGGCCUUCCCGCCGGUGCCAAAGGUGUCAAUCAGAGAGCCCUUGGCGAAGACUACGAACCAAGCUAUUUUACCAACGGCUUCAUCCACGCAAAAAGACGGGAGAGCGGCCAACUGAAUUGGAAUCAGGACAUUCUUCCAUGUCUCAUCCGUGAAAUUGAAACUUGCUGGGCGUCUACUGCCAGGAAAGAGGCUGGCCCCGGUGCUUUGGGGUUUGAUGCUCAGCAAGUUUGCGACAUUGUCCAUAAGUUGUUGUAUCCAUGGGACGGCGAAGUGAUAAACUCCCCCGAGGAACACCGCAGCUUUGUGCUGUCCCAUAUCGCGAACGACAUUGAUUCCGCAUUUUGCGGAAACGUGCGUCAUCCGGCAAAAGCUGUGGCUGAAAUGCUCCGGGAUCUGAAUGAUGUCGUGAGAGACGCGGUAAACUAUGGCGGUCUCGACGAGCAGUCGCAUCGCAGCUUCAUACGUGACUGGGCGUCGAUCAACAACAGGCUAGCAGCCGGUCCGCCAAAAGAACGCAGCAUGCAGCUACUAGCCCUGGUAGAGGCUGGAGUUGUCGAGAUCUUUGAGCCAGACCCCAAAGUCGUGCUUGAUGAGGAGCAAGCUUGCUACACGAUCUCCACCAACCGUUUCGGGUAUCUCCACAAAGAACGCUUUGAUGUCCUGGUGCGGGCAAGGGUCGCCCCAUUCAACCUGGACUUGUCGCCGAGUCCCCUCUUCUCAUCAGGAAAGCAGAAUGGUAUCUUUGUGCCUUUUCGCAACGGAUCCUUCGGACCUGGAGGUAUCGCGAUAGACCGGUCGCUGAAUGUCCUGGGUGCGCAAGGAACACCAAUCAAGACCAUGUGGGCAAUGGGGUAUGUCGUCGAAGGGGCCAAUUAUUACACCAAUGUACUGCCUUGCCCGUUGUCAAACUCGGUGUCCCUUCGGGAUGCGGCCACAGCUGCCCAGGGAAUGUUGGCCCAUCUCUCUUCCAAAGUUGGCGCCAUCAUGAAGGAGAAAGAGAUCAUUGUGGAAAAGGACAUUGCCGUCGCAAGCAUUAGUCUCAAGGUGCGUAAUUGA